AUGACCAAAAAGAAACGUAACACCGGGCCUACCCUCCAAGAACUUUUGGAACGUCCUUUUUGCUACUACUGCGAACGCGAUUUCGAUGACAUGAAGAUUUUGACCGGUCAUCAAAAGGCUAAGCACUUUAAGUGCGACAGCUGUAACCGCCGUCUAAACACCGCCGGUGGAUUGGCUGUCCACAUGCUCCAAGUUCACAAAUCCCAACUUGAAAAAAUUGAAGACGCUCUGCCUCACCGCGCGGGGAUUGACGUCGAGAUUUUUGGUAUGGAGGGAAUGCCUCCAGAGGUGCUCAAGGAGCACCAAGACGCCAUUAUUGCGCGCUUCAACGCAGCCGAGGCCCAGCGUACGGGAAACUUCCCCUCCUCCAAACCUGGUGGCCAAUCUAAUAAACGCCCGAAGCUUGAAAGUAUAUCGGACAUGAAGAUGCGCCUUGCGGCGCACCGUGCAAAGCGUGCCGAAGAGGCCGCCGCUGGAAGUACUGCGAGCACCGGAGACGCAACUCCCGUUGGCGAGGUUGCACAAGUCACCACACCCAGUGAAUCUUCCCCGCAGGCUCCUCCCACGCCGGGGAUCGUUCAGCCUUUCAAUUUCGAGUACGCAGCACCCACCGCACCUCCCACCGUACCUCCCACCGGCCAUCAUUUCGCACCAGUUGUGAACUCCACUUAUCAGGCAUUUCCACCCAUGGGUGGAUAUCCGAUGUCCGCUCCUCAGAUACACCCCAGCGGAUACACUUAUUCGCCUCACAGCUAUGGAGUGCCAGCCUAUCCCGUCCCACACACUAUUGAAGCUACCAAGCCUUCACCUCUCCCACUGCCGGUCGGUCUGCCACAGCGUCCGAACUUUGCCAGCCCUCCAAAUGUGAGCCAAGCGGCCCUUCCCUCAGUUCCAGUCGCUAUCCCUGCCACCACAACUGUGGCCCCAAGCCUCCCGACCAUGAACGAGAAGGCGACUGUUACCUCCGAUAAACCAGCCAAGAAGGCUAAGGCCAUCCGACUGGUCUUUUCAUCGAAUGAUAUCAGCCCUGAAGAGUUGAUGGCCCAGCUUCCCCGCUUCGCAAACUCUAGCUAA